UGUGCCUCAAGGACAGCGUUUGUUCUCUUGGGGAGAGGAGACGGUGAAGAGCGUCAGUGUUUGGAGAGAACUGCAGCCCUGAUGAGGCCGAGAGCAGAGGGUUCAGAAUCCGGAUUUACUCUCCAGACUGCUGCUUCACACUGAAGUUUUUCUUUUCGUUGGAGCCAAGAACUCUCACAGGUUUUAUCGACAACAAGUUGAAGAAUUUUUGGGCUACAGCUGUUCAAUGGGGAAAAUCUGAUUUUUGCCAAGUCAUUUACACAAAGACUAAAUGGAUGAACCCAGGAAAGGGCUUUCCAUGUGAUAAAAGAUGGCACAACGGGAAGUGGAUUUCGAGGAAAAACUUUUCAAGGUUCGCAGUGAAUUUGUGGAGAGAGUUUCUGAGGAAAUCCUGAAACGGCUCCUGGAUGACCUUCUAUUGGAUGGGGUCUUUACGCUUUCGGAGCUGGAGGGCAUACUGCAGAAGAACCAAACCAGAGCAGACAAGGCCCGGGACACCAUAGACGCUGUGAGGAAGAAAGGACAGAGAGGCUGCAGAUUGAUGAUCAAACGUCUUCAUCACAUGGAUUCCACUCUGUCCAAUCAGCUGGGUUUGUCCUCUGACUCCUUUGGUCUAGAGUUUGAUGUUCGGUGUCAACAGGAACUUAAAGAGCAUCUGAAGAACAAGUUCCAAAGUCUCUGUGAAGGCGUCGCUGAGGCUGGAAAGAAAACUGUUCUGAACCAGAUCUUCACAGAGCUCCACAUCACAGAGGGGUUAACUAGAGAGGUCAACCAGGACCAUGAGGUCAGACAGAUUGAAACAACAUCCAGGAAACGAGAAACAAUCAGGCGAGAAGACAUCUUUAAAGUACCACCUGGAAGUGAACAACCAAUCAGAACAGUGAUGACCAUGGGCGUGGCUGGCAUUGGGAAAACACUGUUAACACAGAAGUUCACUCUGGACUGGGCUGAAGGCAAAACCAACCAGAACAUAGAGUUCAUAUUUCCAUUCACUUUCAGAGAACUGAAUAACUUGGAAGAAGAAAAGUUCAGCUUGGUGGAACUGAUUCAUGAGCGCUUCAAUAAAACCAAAGGAAUCAGCAACUUUGAAGCGUUCCGUGUUCUGUUCAUUUUUGACGGCCUGGAUGAGAGUCGACUUCGUCUGGACUUCCACAAGACUAAAGUGUUUACUGACCCUGAAAAGUCAACCUCACUGGACGUGCUACUGACAAACCUCAUCAGGAAGGAACUGCUUCCCUCUGCUCUCCUCUGGAUAACCACACGACCUGCAGCAGCCAAUCAGAUCCCUGCUCAGUGUGUUGACAUGGUAACAGAGGUCAGAGGGUUCACUGACCCCCAGAAGGAGGAAUACUUCAGGAAGAGAUUCAUAAAUGAUGAAGAGAAGGCCAGCAGGAUCAUCUCUCACAUCAAGAAAUCCAAAAGUCUCCACAUCAUGUGUCACAUCCCCGUCUUCUGCUGGAUCACUGCUACAGUCCUGGAGGAUGUGAUGAAGACCAGAGAGGGAGGAGAACUGCCCAAGACUCUGACUGAGAUGUACGUAGAGUUCCUGGAGGUUCAACUGAAAAUGAAAAAGGAAAAGUAUGAGGGAGGACCAGAGAAUGAAUCUAUCUGGAGUCCAGAGAACAGGAAGAUGAUUGAGUCUCUAGGAAGACUGGCUUUUGAGCAGCUGCUGAAGGGAAACCUGAUCUUCUACAAAACUGACCUGGAGGAGUGUGGCAUUGAUAGUAAGGAAUCUGCACUGUAUUCAGGAGUGUUCACUGAGAUGUUUAUAAAGGACAGCGCAACAGGCAACACCUCAGUCUACUCUUUUGCUCAUCUGAGCAUCCAGGAGUUUCUGGCUGCAGUCUUCAUGCUCCACUGCUUCAGCAGCAGAAGAGGGGAAAAAGUUAUCAAGACAUUCCUGGGAGAAAACAUUUGUUUCACGUCUUUGCAUAAGUUCAUAAAGAAAGUCAUGGAGAAAUCCAUCAGCAGCAAAAAUGGCCAUCUGGACCUGUUUGUCCGCUUCCUUCAUGGUCUCACUGUGGAGUCCAAACAGAAACUCUUAGGAGGCCUGCUGGGUCAGACAGAGACCAGUCCAGAAACCAUCCAGAAAAUCAUCACCAACCUGAAGGAGAUGAACACUGAUACAAUCUCUCCAGACAGAAGAAUCAACAUCUUCUACUGUCUGGUGGAGAUGAAAGACGUCUCAUUUUAUCAGGAGAUCCAACGGCUGCUGGAUUCAGGGAAGGAGCUCUCAGUGUCUGACUGUUCAGCUCUGGCCUUCAUGCUGCAGAUGUCGGAGGUUCAAGAUGAGUUGGACCUGGAGAAAUACAACACAUCAGCAUCAGGACGACUGAGACUGCUUCCAGCUGUGAGGAACUGCAGAAAGGCUCGACUUGGUGGCUGUUCGCUCCGAAAGGCUGAUUGUGAAGUUGUGGCCUCGGCUCUGAAGUCCAACCCAGAUCUGACUGAACUGGAAAUCAGUCAGAUUGACACAAAUGAAGGUGGAGACUCUGAUAUGAAGCUUCUGACUGAGAUCCUGGAGAGUUCAGUCAGUAAAGUGAAGAGUCUGGGAUUGGAGAAAUGCAGUUUGACAGAGACCAGCUGGACGUCUCUGUUCUCAGCUCUGAAGUCCAACCCGUCUCAUCUCAGAGAACUGGACCUGAUCAGAACCAACCUGGAAGGUUCUGGAAUGAAGGAGCUCUGUGGUUUUCUACAGACUGAAGGCUGCAGACUGGAGACAUUGAGAUUGUUGAACUGCAGUUUGACAGAGACCAGCUGGACGUCUCUGUUCUCAGCGCUGAAGUCCAACCCGACCCGUCUGACUGGACUGGACCUGAGCUUCACCAACCUGGGAAGUUCUGGACUGAAGGAUCUCUGUGGUUUUCUACAGACUGAAGGCUGCAGACUGGAGACAUUGAGAUUGUGGGACUGGAGUUUGACAGAGACCAGCUGGACGUCUCUGUUCUCAGCUCUGAAGUCCAACCCGACCCGUCUGACUGGACUGGACCUGAUCGAGAUGAACCUGGAAGGUUCUGGAGUGAAGGAGCUCUGUGGUUUUCUACAGACUGAAGGCUGCAGACUGGAGACAUUGAGGUUGUUGAACUGCAGGUUGUCAAAGAUCAGCUGCGGUUCUCUGGUCUCGGCUCUGAAGUCCAACAGCCUCCAUCUGACACAGCUGAACCUGGGAUGGAAUGGCCUGAAGGAGCCAGAUGUUCAGCAGCUGAAGCUGGUAGAGACUUUAGAGUUCUGAUCUCUGCGACGAUGGUCUCUGUGUCCUGCUGACCCACAGAGGUUGAAGCUUCUCCAGUUCGAGUCUAAAAAGACUCCGACUGGAUCGUGACGAUGACCUCUGACCUCAGAGAUUUUCCCCCUGUUUACUUUCUCAUAUCUGUCAUUUAGUGUCUGAUGAUGUUUGUCUCUUUGGAUCAAUAAAGAUCCAAUUCAAACUGGGCUCCGUUGCUGGGGUCUCAAACUCCAGUCCUCAAGGGCCGCUCGCUGUCCUGCAGUUUUUAAAUGUGCCUCAAGUACAAACACAGGAAUAAAAUGUCUUAAUUACCUCCUCCUUGUGUAGAUCAGACCUCCAGAGUCUUAAUGACCUGAUUAUUCUAUUCCAGUGGUGCAGCAGAGGCACAUCGAAAACUAGCAGGACACCCAGUGGCCCUUGAUUUAGAAACUGGAUUCAACUGGAAAGUUGAUCUUUUUUUGUCUCUGAUUAAUUUUCCUCCUGGAACCAGAAAUGGUCUGAGAAUGGAAUCAUGGGAAUCGUUUUCAGUUCAGGUUUGAAGCCGUGAAAGACACUUCAAACCUCCUUCCUUUCCUGCUUCUUCCUUCUGUUGACAUGAAAAAUGUUCCUCGAAGCUCCACAGAUAAAAAGAUGCUUCACUGGAAACUGCAGAGAAACUUCAGUUUCCAUCACUGGAUGUCCCACAGAAACACUGAUCUUAGAGUGGUUUUCAGAAACAUCCAGCAUUUUAUCUGGAAAAAAAAGAGAGAGAUUUGACAUAUUUUCAUAUUUUUGUGUUCAUUCUAAAAUCUCUGAAAAAUGAAGUUUUGCAUCAUAGUCAUUGAUUCUCAGCUUGUUUUGAUCGUUUACUUUUUGAAUUCCAUAUUUCAUGUUUUACUUUGAUUUUUUCCAGAGAACUUCAGGCUCUUCACUGUGAUUUUAUUGAUUUUUAAUUUUUUUCAAACCUCAGAGCAUCACUGGGAUGAUGUGCUGAUUGGUUCAUGUUUGAUUUUUAUCUUUCUUUUCAUGUACUGUGGUUUGCUGAAUGUCAUCAUCAUUUUAUUCACAGAUCUGUUUAUUACAUUCAGUGGUUUGGAGGAGACAGACGUUCAGCUGCAACUCUGAGCAGAAACACUGCAGUCGUUUCUUCCUGAACUAUUUCACCUAAAAACUGUUUUUCAUUCCUCCCUUCCUCUUCAUCACUCCCUCCUCUUCGUCUUCAUCACUCCAUCCAGCUUCUUCCUCCAAACUGCAGAUAAAUUGAUCUGAUCUUCACAAGAAUCCUCACAACUUCCUGUGAACUCUUCUAAAGCUCGUCUUACCCUGAUGAUGUCACAGGAUGGCGGCAGCGUCUCACCCUUUCACUCCAAAAUCCACAGGCAUCAUUUCGUCUUUUGAUGGAAAUGUUUGAUUUCCUUGAGUUUAAAUCCCUUUAAAACUUCAAUUCCUCUUUCCAACAAGGGGAAGCUCAGUUUCCCACCAUUUUGCAAAUCCAAGCAAUUUUAUCCAUUUUAUUUAUAUUGUGUUUGAUACAUUUUCAGAAAAAUAAAAAGUGAAGGGGAACACAAGCUGCAGACAG